AUGAAUACAACAAAGGAGGGUGUAGAACAAGAGCUACGUAGAAAGCUGGAGAACGACCUCAACUCGCAGGAAACCAUUCGUAUUGCGCUAAAGAAGGAGUUGGACGAUGAGAAGCAGGCUCACAAGGAUAACAACUACUCACUCAACCAUCAACUGAGCGAAUCACGUGAACGCUACGAAAAGAAGGAGAAAGAGAUUGCAGAGACCAAAGAGAAGCUGUUGAAAUACAAGAUUCAAGAACAGAAUCUUCAACAAAAGAUUACCACUCUCGAGAAUCAAAUCUCUACCAACGAGAUUAGAUUCAAUUCCAUGUUGGAGAGACAACAGCAACAACAACAACAAUCACAAUCAUCAUCAAACAACAAUGCUGCUGUUCCAAGUGGUAGUGGUGGUAACACUAGUUCCAAUCCUGAGAACAGUCUCGAUCUCUCGCUGGCCAAGUCAGAGAUUGAAAGUCUCAAAGAGUCACUCUCACAGGAGAAGGAGAAUGUCAUUCAUUACAAAUCGAUUGCUUUGUCCAAUGAGAAUGAUUUGACAAAACUCAAGGAGGAAUCGAAUCGUUUGAGAAUCGAAUUCGAAGAGAAGUUGAAGGAGUCGAUUGAAGCUGCCAACAACUUGCAAGCACAGCUCAAAGAUCAAUCGGUACGCUUGGAGAAAUACGAACAAUUCUCAAGUUCUCACAAGCAGGAUAUCGAUUUGAUUGUUGCCGAGAGAGACUCUCUUAUCAAGGAGAAACAAACACUCUUUAAGCGAAUCGAUGAGUUGCAAGACGCACAGAAACAAGCACUCGAAGAAGCCAAGAUCCAAUCGGCAUUGGCACAGCGCGCCACUGAGAACUACGAGAGACAACUCGAUUUGCACGCUCACGAUAUCAAGAUGUUGCCAACUCUCAGAGCGGAACUCCAAGAAGCCAAGAACGUAAUCAAUACUAUCACCUCCAAGAUGGACACUGGUGUCAAGACAUUCGAAGCCGCUCAGCAAUCGUGGGAGGAAAAAGAGAAUCUCUACCGAUCACAAGUCAGCGAAUUCGAAGAGCGCAUCAAAGAUUUGAAACAUCAGAAUACCCUAUUGCAAACACAGAUCGAGUCGUUCACCGAUCAGAACUCCAAGAUCGAGAGAAUGACAUCGUUGAUCUCCAGUGGCACCAGUGCAGACGAACAAAGCAACAAGUUGGUUGCCGACCUGAGAGAGUUGGUCCACGUACAGGCACGUGAACAAAAGAUAUUGGAAGUCAAGAAUGAAUCACUCACCCAGGAGAACAGUCGUUUGAAACAGACCACUCAGAUGAAUCAAAAGAUUAUCGAUACACUCAACCAGAAACUCAGCGAAUCACAAGAGCAUCUCAAGACCGUUGUGUUUAGCGCUAAGAAACACGAUGAAGUAGUUAAGCAACUCGAUCAAAUGAAUCUGUUCAGAGAGUCCAAUAUAAUGUUGAAGGGAGAGACAAACAAGUUGACUCAAUUGCUCAAGGAGUCGCAAGAGAAGCUGCGCGAAACCGAGGAGAAACUCGCUCCACUCGUCCAGAGAAACCGUGCUCUCGAGAUGGAAACUCAGGUGUUGCGUGAAGAGAUUGCCUCACAAAAGUUGGAAAUCGCCAACUGGUCAACCAAGGUCGAGAAACUUCUCCACAAGUACCAAUCGAUCGAUCCGGAAGUCCAUCAGAAGUUGCUCGAGCAAUUCGAUGUACUCACCAAAGAGAAUCAACAGGUGGUCGAACAAUACGAAGAGGUCAAGAAGCAAACCGAAGAGCUAAAGAAGCAUGCCAAGCACUGGAAGGACGAGGCCAAGAAACAGCAAUCGACAGUCUCUGCCACAAAGCUAGAGCUAGAGACCACCAAGAAACAGCUGGAGGAAAUCAACAGCCAAUUCACUGCAUUCAAAUCGAGUGCCGAUAAGACAGCCACAGAAACCCAAGAGAAGACAGUCACAGAAUACAAGAAGAAGUUGUCUGCCCUGUCAAAGAUGGUCAAGGACAAGGAUGAACAGCUAAAGAAAUCGAACGAAGAUAAAGAAAAGACAAAGGAACUUACCGAACAAAUGGAGGUUCUCAAAUCGAGAUUGAAGCUUUUCGAACAUACAAAGAAAGUUCCUGCACCUGCCGCUGCCGCUGUUACACAAACAGUUGUCACACCGGUAGCAACUCCAGUCGCAGUCUCAGCUCCACCUCCCGCUCCAGCUGCUCCUGCCUCUCCAUUCGCACCAGUUGUCUCUCCAGCUGCCUCUAUUUUCGGUACCACCAGUGUUCCAGUAACUACUCCAACCGCCACCACAUCAAUCUUUAACACUGUUACUCCAGCUUCAACAACAGAACAACCAGCAUCGCCAACUCCACCACCACUUCGCAAACGUGUUCUAAAGAAACCAUCUUCUUCAUUAGUAAAUUCAUUGUUCAAACCAUCUGCACUCGCAAAUCAACCUGCUGUAACUACUACCACUACCACUACCAAUACCCCAGCUCAAGCCGCUCCAGUUCAAGUUCCAGUUCAAGCCGCUCCAGUUCAAGCCACUCUAGCUCAAGCCGCUCCAGCACCAGUCGUAUCCACACCUGUUCAAACACCAAUACAAACACCUGUUCAAACACCAAUUACACCAGAACCAGUUUUAGUCCAACAAACUCAACCACCAACUACAAUUUCUUCACCAAAUCCUUUCGCAUCUGCACUGACACCACAAACUGUUUUCCAACAACUUUCACCACCUGCACAAGAUCAAGCUAUGGUCGAGUCACCACAUCAACAACAAGAGGAAGAUGGUGAAUUAAAGGAUGAAGAGAUCUCAGAAGAGAAUCUCAUCGAUACAGUAGUUACCGACGACAUUUCGACACCGACAGGAGACUCAACACCACAUGUAGUAAAGAAACAAAAGUUGGAGAAUGAUUCCCAGAGCACAUUCUCCGACGAGGAACUCGAGGAAGAGGAAGAGAAGAUUGAAGAGUCAGCAAACAAUGACUCUGCAAUGUUGGAAGACGAUGCAAACGACGAUGAAAACAACAAUAACAAUCCAAACAAUGAUUCAGUAGAGAUUCAACCAAUCAUUGGAUUCGUUCCAGAUUCGCCGGCACCAAGUGGAGGUACCACCGAAACACCUCAGUCAUCAGGAAAGAGAAAGCUCAAUAGAAAUAAUAUGGGUGUAGUACCUGCCUUACCUUUUUCAAAGCCAGCCAUAAAGAAACAAUCAAAGACAGAUACCACCGCUACAACUCCAGUUGAUCCAACAUCAACAACAACAACAACCCAAACACAACCAACUGAAAAUACACAACCAGAAGCUGAUACAACAACUGAUCCAUCAACUCAAAAAUAA